AUGAGUAGCAUAGUAGGUGAGCAUCAACAUGAUGAUGCGGUUGGAAGAGGAGGAGGAGGUGAAUCAUCAACAUCAUACAGUGAAUUCACCAGACAUUAUAAUAUAUCGGUGGUUGUUUCAUUGUUGAUAGCAAUCAUUUCGUUUGGUCUUUGGAGAUACUCUAUAUUCCUACCUAGAUUUGUUCAAAAUAUCAUAUCCUCUUUUACCCCGACUCCUACUACUACAACUACAACUACCAACAACAACAAUCAUAAUAAUAAUAUUACUCAACAAAGAUCAUCUUCAUCAACGACGACGACAAGUACUACAAAUACAAAUACAUCAACUACAACAGACUCUAAUCAACCUAGUAUACCAUACGAUGAAGUAUUCCCAAGUGACAUUGAUACAACUGUAUUGACUAGGAUCAAUAUCAUUCAAAACGACCAAACUUUUUCAAGAAGGUUUAGGAAACCUGCCAUCAAAACUGUUUUAGAUUUAAAGAAAUAUUAUUAUCCACAAGAAAUAAGUGAUGGUAAAAGAGUAUUAUUUAUUUGUAAUGGACGUUCACUUAUUGAUACGUUAGAGUUAUCAACAAACUAUCCAAACUUGGUUGAUGACAGUCAGGUGAUACCAUCGAUUCAUUCAAUUGUAAGGAAUCAAUUGACUGCUGAUCAAGUAUCAAAUGAUCCAAAUAAUAGUGGUCGUAGUGGUGGUGGUGGUACUGGUACUAGCUCUCGAUCAUCGGCAUCAACAACAGCAAGAAAUGUAACCAACCAAGUAUUUGAAACCAAUAUUGUACCUCGACUAUCUUCGACAAAGAGUCUAUUCACAAUCACUGGAUUAUUUCUAGCAUUUCUUUGGUGUCUUUGGUUUUACCGACCAAUCUAUUUCAAACCAUUAACCAUAUUCAUCAUGUUUAUAUUUACUGUUGCAUGGGCAUUUACUUUUUCCUCUUCAAAUAGAAAUGAAUCAAUUAAUAAUCAGAAUAGUAAUAAUUAUUAUACUACUAGUGGAACUAGAAAUACAAAUAAUAAUAAUAUUAAUAAUACUAAUAAUAGUAAUAAUCCAUCACAACAACAACAACAACAACAACAACAACAAAGACCACCCCAAAAUUAA